GCCGUGCGAUGGAGAAGCCAUGACGCAUCCGUCGCAUCAAACCAACGGCGCCAGCCUGGAGGACUGCCACACGAAUUUCUUCGCACUGACGGACCUCUGCGGUAUAAAAUGGAGGAAACUCGUGUGGGGCGAAGUUGCCGGGGGUUUCGGGGGUACACCACUGGAGGAUCCGGUACUGUCGAGCUUCUCGCGUUGCCUCGCGGGUGACAUUCUGUGCGUGUGGCGAAGGGUCGCCGCCACGCCGGCUGCCUCUGCUGGCGGCCCGGCAACCGCUUCUGGACCCGGCCCUGGCAUCUUCGAACUGGGCAUUGCGCCCUCUCCAGCUCCUCCGCCACUAUCUCUGACUGCAGCCAAGGAACUCUGGAUUUUUUGGUACGGCGAGGAACCCGAUCUUUCUGGUCUCGUCUCGCCAGAACUUAUUGCCUGCGAAAGUGAACAAGGAUCAUGGGAAAGUGGUUUGUCGUACGAAUGCCGGUCUCUUCUUUUUAAAGCUCUUCAUAAUUUGAUCGAGCGGUGCUUAUUGUCACGUGACUUUGUUCGAUUAGGAAGGUGGUUUGUGCAACCAUACGAUGGCUUUGAAAAACAUCGUUGUAAUAGUAGCCAUUUGUCAUUCUCCUUCGCAUUUUUUGUGCACGGAGAAAGCACCGUAUGUGCGAGCGUGGAUGUCCGACAGCAUCCCGCAGUACGACAUCUUACUAGGGCAUGUUUGCAACGCACUCAAACGUCUCAAUCCGGCGUUAAGGUGAUCUUGGCCCCUUAUGGAUUGGCGGGAACUUUAACAGGCCAAGUUGGACGAAUGGAUAGUCAGCUUCUGGAAGAAUGGAAACAUUUCUAUCCGAUUAAUAAUAAUAACGCGGAAACAGGAUUAUCACCGCUCGUGGAAGUUCUCGUUGGUGGUGUACGCAUGCGUUAUCCUUCAUGUUAUGUAUUAGUUACGGAUAUGGACGAUAUACCACCGGGUGCUCCAUUAUCGCCACCAAAUAGUCCUAUUAGUUGUGAAAAUUCUUUUCCCAUUGAACAAGAUUUUGGAGCUGCCACGGAAUUACCAGAACGUGUAUGGGCAGAAUGUACUUUAAGUUCGCCGGCAUCCGCUUCCAAGACAGAAUCUUCCACAGAACUUGGAACUUGGACAUUUGUUGAACCGACGCAAAAGGCUUCCUGUACUUGCUCUAAGUAUACCAACCCCGGGGGUUGGAAGGGCCUGGUCUCCUCACAGGUUCAGAGGGAGAGAGUAGAUAAAGGUGGACGGAGGGUCGUACCAUUUCAUCGACGCUCUACCACCCAGUGGGAUGCUUGCCCCUCUGUUCCUGCUAGUGCCCCCAGGUCCGUAUUGAGCAGAGUAGAAGCACCGAGUACACCACCAGAAGGACCACCAUCUUAUUCGAGAGGUCCACCCACCGGAGGAGAUUGUUUACCGGUUCCAUCGGUGGGAUCGCCAGGAUCGCCGGCACCAUCUCCACUUCCAACUCCGCAUUCUGAGCCUGCAUCGGUUCCACCAGCGGAACCGACUAUGCCUACGCUCAGUCCACAACCACCACCCAGUCACACAAACACUGCCCCUCCUUUAACUCCGUCACAAGGUCCAAAAUCGGCAUCUUCUGCAUGUAAUAACCAGGCACAUAGUCCUUUACCUGGGCAAACAUUAAAACGACCAAUCUUAGCCUCUAGAGAAUACGAAGGUGCUCUUUUAGAAGAUGAACAACCUUUGUCUUGGCUUUAUGAUUAUUCAACGCAAGAAGCUUGGCUCAGUCAUCCUGUGAAACGUUUUAAAGGUUCAACGAGCGGUCCAACUAAUGUUCGAAGUAACACUCUAUAUCCACCGAUGAAUUUGCAAGCUUUACAACAACCUCAAGCACCAAAAUUAGAAAUUAAACAGGAACCAAACGUAACAACAAGCGAUUGUAUCGGAAGAAGAUCGGAUCCUUACGAAUUUGAUGCUAUGGGGGAAGAGAAUAAUACCAACGUCGACGGAUUAAGACGGCAAAGAGACGAUCCACCUAAGCCAGGAUCUUUAUUUACUAGCGAAGGUCUUCAAGCGUCUUAUAAGGAUUUAGAUCAAAUAUUCGAUAAUUCUGAUCCUGACACUUCGAGCGAUGAGACCUUUCAGAACUUAAAUCAGCUCCAAGUCCAAACACCACCGGGUUCCAAUAAAUCGGGUGGCAUGCACGAAGAGACAAGGAUAGACGGUACAAAUAAGCACAACAAUCGUGGUGUAGGAGUAUUACGACCCGAAGAACUCUCCAAAAUGUUUCCAACGCCACCAUCUUUGGAGCACAAUCCGGUCGCUUCGCCGUGCCAGUUGAGCGAUCCGCUUGCAGAUCAAACCGAUCUCUCGGUUCCGCAACGUCCACUCAGACAUCUCCCGGAUAUUUAUCCUAAUAUGGGAUCACCGCAAGAAGAACCAAUCGACGAUUGGUCAUUCGUGUUCAAGCCAGCUCCCAUUUGCAAGAUGGUUGGUUCUUCCAAAUAUGCCCCACUUACAAAUUUGCCUAGCCAAUCCCUUCCACCUGUUACACUGCCAUCGCACUGCGUGUACAGACCUUCCUGGCAGUGUAGUUCGACUUCCAUCAAUUCGGAUAAACCUCUUCCACCGUCUAGACCCGGAUCUGUUCAACAACAACAACAACAACAACAGCAGCAGCAACAACAACAACAACAACAGCAACAGCAACAACAACAGCAACAACAACAACAGCAACAGCAACAACAACAACAACAACCUUGCCCACCGAGCCCAGCGCCAUUAGGCGCUCCAUACCGUACGACUACUCUUCCGGGUAGGCCGCCACCACCGCCGUAUGACCAACCGAGCCCAGCUACUUCCACAACAUCUUCGUAUUUAAAUAAGAAUUUAAAUAGUAUUGAGGCAGACACUCCGGGCCCAACUCGUGCACCGGAAUCCAAUUCUCUCGUAGUGAAUAUACUUUUGGGUGAUACGGCAUUAAAUAUUUUCCGCGAUCAUAAUUUCGAUAGUUGCAGUCUAUGCGUAUGCAAUGCAGGUCCAAAAGUCGUUGGUAACAUAAAAGGUGCCGAUGCAGGUGUUUAUUUAACGAACUCUUGGGGAAAUGGUAGUGCUUUGAUUCAAGAUGACGAUCAAAUCAGGUGCAGCUGUGGCUUUAGUGCUGUAGUGAAUAGGCGAUUAGCUCAUAAAGCAGGAUUGUUUUAUGAAGAUGAGAUGGAAAUAACGGGAAUUGCCGAAGAUCCGACGGAUAAAAAGAAAGGAUCGCUUGGAUUGGUGGCGUGUAACGGAGGUAAAUCGGUCGAAGGAUUAGACGUUAUACCUUCUAACGUCUUGGAAUUACUUCGAGAGCAAUGCUUGUUGGUACAAAGUUCUGCGAGCAGUCUUUACAGAGCGGCAAGAAAUUAUGCCAGUACGAAAAGUUAUCCUAUGCACGCGCCAACGGUAAAUACUCUCGAAUUUAAUGAUGGCAACGAAGUUUCCCUCGCAGCAUUGGAUCAGGGAAAGAUCGAUACUACGCAUAGUGAAAGGACUAAUCGCGUUAAUGGCAUACACCGUUGGGUAUUUCUAAGAGCUCGGGGUCCUCAGUGUAGCGGUGAUAUCGUUAGAAUGAUGAGAGCCCUGCAGCCACUUCUGCAAGAUGCGGUACAGAAAAAAUGUACUACCAGAAUGUGGGAAGCUCCUUAUACUGUAGCUGGACCUCUUACUUGGAGACAAUUUCAUCGUUUGGCUGGACGUGGAACUGACGAUCGUUGCGAACCACAACCGAUACCCGCGCUCGUUGUAGGAUACGAUAGAGAUUGGCUGUCAUUAGCACCUUAUGCUCUUGGUUAUUGGGAGAAACUAUUGUUGGAACCGUACGCUGGCCCGAGGGAUAUCGCUUACGUUGUUGUUGCGCCGGAUAGCGAUUGUGUAGUCAGCAAAGUCAAAUCAUUUUUCCGUGAACUCUCAACCACUUACGAAAUCUGUCGAUUUGGAAGACAUACGUCCAUUUCAAAAUUAUUACGCGACGGAAUUCUUCGCGUGGGUAAAUCAUCGGCACAAAAGUUAUCGAAGCAACCGAUCGAUGAUUGGUUCAAGUGUCUUGGUGAAAAUCGAAUAGGAGAAUUGUUGCGAUUGUAUGCUCAAGUGUGUAAUCAUCGGCUGGCACCUUAUUUGACCCAGGUUAUACAAGAUCGAAGUUUAUUAGAUCCUGGCGAUGUUCAAUUACCAAAUAAGCAACAACAGCAGCAACAACAACAACAACAACAGCAACAGCAAACGACUACUCCUGUUACCGAUACAAUGCCAGCAACGCCUGAUGUCAUGACAACAAAGCCAGAAUCAGUUGAAAGCGAAAAUCCAAGAAGCGAGACUCCCUCGAAUACAUCGAAUCCAAAUUCGAAUAUCGGUAAUACUACACCGACUCCGCAAUUGUCAAGCGGAAAUUCAACAACGACAAUAGGACCUGACGAGGAGGAAGUCGAAUCACCAGCUGUUGUUGUUUAUUUAAUUGAACCAUUCUCUUUGGGAGGACCUGAAGAUUCAGAUCGUCGACGGCUCGCUAUACUGGCUCUUUUACGGGCGUAUUCAACUGCUGUGAAUAGCAUGCCUGAAAAUAUUAGAUCUAACAUAAAUGUUCAGUUAAUAUCGCUGGAAAGCAUAAUGGAAUUAGGUCGGGCAAGAGAAAGGAGAAAGAAAGAAGAUGAGAUGAGAGCUUUGGCUUUGAACGUGUUUCUUCAAGGACGUCGUUUGCUCAACCAUAAUUCCACAGUAAAGAGUCUUACCGGUUUUGGUACCGCAGCCGCCGCAGACUUAUUCCUGAAAAGUAAAGAUGAUUUUUUACUUUACAACUCCUUGACAACUCAGGAACGGAACAAAGCACCGUACCGACUGUACGCACCAGCUUACGUAUUGGCCCCUUUAAGAGCUAAAAGCGAGGCUCCGGAAUCAUUUGGAAUUGCUGGACCAGAAGAAUGUGCUGUACUGUAUUUGAGUUAUUGCCUCAGCGAAGAUCAAUCCUGGUUGUUGGCCGUGGCAACGGACGAUAGAGGGGAAAUAUUUGAAACUGCUACCAUUAACAUUGACAUACCUAAUAGGAAACGAAGAAAACGUGCAUCUGCCAGAAGAAUUGGAUUACAAAAACUUAUGGACUUUAUUCUUGGUGUGAUGUCUCAAGGUGUGCAACCGUGGAGAUUAGUUGUAGGUCGUGUUGGGCGUAUAGGACAUGGAGAAUUGAAAGGUUGGAGCUGGCUACUUUCUAGAAAAGCCCUUUUAAAAGCUUCGAAACAUUUGAAAGAAAUAUGUGGACAAUGCAGUCUUUUAUAUCCGUCAGCAGCACCCUGUGUACUAAGCGCAUGUUUAGUAUCCCUAGAACCUGAUUCUACUCUCAGACUAAUGGCCGACCAAUUUACCCCUGAUGAAAGGUUUAGCCAAGCAUCAGUAAACUGCCAAUUAUCCACACCACAAGAUGUUACAUGUACUCAUAUCCUUGUUUUUCCUACGUCGGCUACUACUCAGUCAUCCCAGACUGCCUUUCAAGAACAACAUAUAAAUGGACCAGAAUUAGGAGACGACGAAUUAUUUUCUGCUUUGAAUGAUGACAUGCCAGAAGCCAUGGAAGGCAUGGGAGAUUUCAAUGAUAUUUUUAAUGUAUGGCCCGAAGCGGGUGCAGGUGGUGGCCAAAGCCCUAGCGGAAGUCCUCAUCGUCCCGAAGGAUCCCCGUUAGGAGGAGACGGCGGUGGUUCUGGUUUAGGCAAUCACGAUGGACCAGGCAGCCCUUUUCAAUGCAGUAAUGCAUCCAGAGUAGCCGUUGCUGAACAAUCGGAAGAAGUUGGUACGCUUUUGCAACAGCCGCUUGCUCUUGGUUAUAUGGUGUCUACUGCACCAACGGGACGAAUGCCACCAUGGUUUUGGGCAGCUUGCCCACACCUCGAGGAAGUUUGUCCAGCUUUUUUGAAAAAUGCUUUACAUCUGCAUAGUCCCUCGAUUCAACAAAGUACUGAGGAUCUCCUUCAACAGCAAAGUGCCCUCACUGCUCAUCCACUUGAUUCGCAAUAUACCACCGAUGUACUCAGGUACGUUUUGGAAGGAUAUAACGCAUUGUCAUGGCUCGCAAUCGAUGCAAACACCAAGGAUCGAUUAUCCUGUUUACCGGUGCACGUACAGGCGCUCAUGCAGCUCUACCACGCAGCGGCAGCUCUCGUCUGACCCACACCCUCGUCCUCUCCCUUUACAGUGCAGCAUGUGCACCACUUCUCUCACGCACUCCUUAUUAUAAUGUCAUUUGGGGCUUUACGAGAGCAAUUGGUUCUAUAUGGGCAAUUUCUCUCAUGCAUUAGAAAUGUAGGAUAUCGUUCGAAUACUGAGAACGAGUUUUCGACCAGUUGUUAAUGAAACCAUAAUAUGAACAAAUAAUAUGGCUUUGUUACAAGAAGGAGUAUUUAAAGAAUGAUGUAAAGUGUAAUGCAUUAUAAACAAACAGCAGGUCGUAAGAAACAGCAUGACAAGUCCCUUUACAAUUUUCUAUUCUAGCCCACAAAUGAAAAAUAGAUUUGUAAUUUAUGUUUACAAAUGUGAUACAAAAAAAA